GGAACUGUAUAAGAUUGGGUAUCUGUAAAAAGCUGGCCCAGAUUUUUACUUUCAAUCUAUGUUUUUUUUUCAAAAAAGACAAAAGAAAAAGGCGAUUAUUUUUUUACCAUCGCGUGGUUUAAACGCAGAUGCCAUACGCGUGGGUCUAAAGUUCUUUACUUUCCCAAAAUUAGCUUUGUUGCUUUCCACCCCGCUGCGAACAAAGCUGGUUCUCACUGGCAAGUGGCUCACACCUUUUUUCCACUUCCAAUUCAAGAAGCUCACAUUCUCUAUAGUUCUGAACUCAAAGAAGAGAUGGGUGAGGGAAAAGGCUCGACCUUGGUGCACCUUCUAGCGGUGGCCCUCUGCCUGGUGGCCUUUGGGUUCGCCAUUGCUGCCGAGAGAAGAAGAAGCAUUGGCACCGUUGUGAAAGAUGAACCAUCAAAUGCUACGUACUGUAAAUACAACUCUGAUGUUGCCACUGGCUAUGGAGUGGGUGGUUUCUUAUUUCUUCUUUCAAGUGAAUCACUACUUAUGGGUGUCACUAAGUGUAUGUGUUUUGGGAGACCCCUAGCACCCGGUGGGGAUCGAGCUUGGUCCAUCAUCUAUUUUGUUUCAUCAUGGUUGACUUUUCUGAUUGCUGAAGCAUGUCUGCUUGCGGGUGCAACAAGGAAUGCAUAUCAUACCAAGUACCGGGAAAUGAUUUAUGCUCAGAAUUUCUCUUGUGAGACAUUAAGGAAAGGUGUUUUUAUUGCAGGAGCUGUGUUUGUGGUAGCAACAAUGAUUCUCAAUGUAUAUUACUACAUGUAUUUCACCAAGGCAACUGCCACACAAUCUGCUAGCAAAACCAACCGUUCAGGUUCAAAUGUUGGGAUGACUGGGUAUGCAUAGAACCAGCUAGUGGUACUAGGGAGGCAAGUUUUACUUUCUUGGUGUCAUGAGUCUAUUUGCAUGUGUACCAUGACAGUAUACUACUACUAUGUAUUGCACAAUGCUUAUGUAGUGAUAACUGAUAAGUAAUGCUGUUAUGACUGAGCCCCUGUUAUUAAUGGAAACAUGGGAAGUGCUGGAUGAGAGAUAAAAAUUCUGGGGAAUG